AUGCAAGAUGAGACAAUCCUGCUAAUUGAGGUCGGAGCUACCUUGGGCCUUGUUGCUCUCACCUCAGCUCCGGCCCUCACAGGCUUCCAGCUUCGCUCCCGCAAACCGGUGGACCACUUCUACGAGGACAAAGAUGGCAAAAGCACUCCCGAGGCAUCGGCCGCCUUUUCAAAUCGCUGGCCCAAGACCUUCAUCAACUUGUUCGCAUUCGCCGGUCUCGCCCUCUCUGUAGCGAAUUCCACCCUGGCCACCCUCUCGCUUCACACAGGCCAAUACGACAAGCUUUUUAUAGCAGAAUGGCUGUCAACUGGUAUUUGGGCCCUCUUGGCCUUGCAGGCCGUCUCUCUGGCCGCAUCUAACGACUCGGUUCACACCUACAACCUCGGCUUGCUCGUCUGGUUUUCUGGACUGGUCUUCUCCGCCGUUCAGGUUCUGCAAAACACGGAGGUUCUUGCCCACUUGCUCAAGAACAACCCGGUCUCGUUCGGCCUCAAGAUUGGAGGCUUGGUCGCCUCUAUCGCCAUCACCAUCACUGGCAUCUUCCUUCCCCGGAGACCUGAUGUCUUUUUCGACGGCAAGAUCGUCGACCGUCUGAACACCGUCAACGCUUACACCCGCUACACGUGGGGUUGGUGUGGCGAUCUGCUCGAUAACGCCACCAAGAAGGGCGAUCUCGAGGUGGAUGACCUUCCCAAACCGGACCAUUGGACUCGAUCCGGAGAUUCUUCUGCUACGUGGAAAAAGUACAACUUCAAGCCUGGUGCGAACCUGUGGUGGUCUCUGGUCUGGGCUUUCCGAGUUCCUCUGGCCGUCCAAUGGACCAUUGCUCUUACUAAGUCGUUUUUGAGCAUGGCUCCAUCCUUCGUCACUCUGCAGAUCCUCACGGCCUUGGAGAAGAGACAGCCCGGCGAACAGCUCUCGGCUGAUGUCUGGAUUCUGGUCUUCUGGCUAGGGCUCGCUAUUCUCGCUGACGCAUGGGUUGAGGCCUGUAUGUUUUGGCUCUCCUGGGCGGAAUUGUGUAUCCCUCUGAGAGGUGUUCUGUCGGCUCUCAUUUUCGAAAAGUCUAUGCGCCGCAAGAACGUAAAGGCAGCUUCCAAGACCGAAGAUGAUUCCAAAGACGGCGAGGCAACCGGGGCCGACGACAAGAAGGAAGAGAAGGAAGACGACGAGGAGGGUGAAGACGACUCCGUCCUCAAGUCUCGGCAAGCUAUCAUCAACCUGAUUGGCGUGGAUGCGAAGCGCGUUUCCGACUUCGCCGCCUUCCAGUUCCUCUUCCCUAGUAGUACGGCGAAGCUGGCAGUCGCCAUCUGGUUCCUGGUCUACUUGCUUGGAUGGGGACCCCUCGGCGCUGGACUGCUGGCCUGGGCUAUUCUCCUCCCCAUCAACUUCACCUACGCCAAGGUUUAUUCGAGGGCGCAGGAUAAGCUGAUGAAGAUCCGAGACCAGAAGCUCGCCGUUGUAAACGAAGCCCUGGUGGGUAUGCGCCAGAUCAAGUUUUCCGCUUUGGAGCCUCAGUGGGAGAAGCGAAUCUUGGAUAUGCGUGAGAAGGAACUCGGUGCUAUCUGGCAGGUGUUCAAGGGCGACACCGUGCUCUUUGGCAUGUGGAUCACCAGUCCCAUCGCCCUUGCAGCCGUUUCUCUGGCUGUCUACGCCCUGAUCAACGGCAACCUGAUCCCAUCGGUCGCGUUUGUCAGUAUCGGUGUCUUCAAGAACCUCGAGGUUACCCUGGCUGUUAUCCCCGAGCUUAUAACAGAUGUCAUCGAUGCCAAUGUUUCCAUCAAGAGAAUGCAAGACUACCUGAACGGACCGGAGAAGACACAAACUGUCACGGAAGGCCCUGACGUUGCCUUCGAGAAUGCGUCCAUUGCUUGGCCUGUUGAUGAAGAGACCAAGGACGAGGACCGUUUCAUUCUGCGAAACGUCGAUGUGACUUUCCCUGCCGGCGAGCUCUCCGUGAUCUCUGGCAAGACAGGCACUGGCAAGAGUCUGAUUUUGGCGGCCAUCCUGGGCGAGUCCGACGUGCUGUCUGGCUCAAUCUACGCACCAAAGCCCCCUUCUCUGACGGAGCGUCAUGAUGACAAGGCCAAUCGCGACAACUGGAUCAUUCCGAGCAGCAUUUCAUUCGUCGGCCAAAUUCCAUGGAUCGAGAACGCCACCUUGAAGAAGAACAUCCUCUUCGGACUUCCUCUUGACGAGGAACGAUACAACAAGACCAUUGAUGCUUGCGCUUUGAGGAAAGAUUUGGAGAUGCUCUCGGACGGAGAUAAGACCGAGUUGGGAGCCAACGGUAUCAACCUCAGUGGUGGUCAGAAGUGGCGACUCACCCUGGCCAGAGCUAUCUACUCUCGCGCCGGUAUACUUGUUUUGGACGAUAUUUUCAGCGCCGUCGAUGCUCACGUCGGUCGCCACAUCUACGAGAAGUGCUUGACGGGCGAACUCUGCAAGGGACGCACCCGCAUUCUGGUCACUCACCACGUCGCUCUUGUUGAGCCCAAGACCAAGUUCAUUGUUGAGCUCGGAGACGGUACCGUUCAGCACUCCGGUUUCAAGUCGGAUCUUGACGAGGAUGGAACACUGCAGUUGAUUAAGAGCCACGAACAAUCCGCGCAGGAGAUCGCCGACGAGGAGGCCGCUACGGCUGUGAACUCUGAAGAGGCAUCAGACAUCGAAGCUCCCGAGGUCGCAGAACUGAACGGUGAUGGCGGAAUGUUGAAGAAGGUGCCGUCCAAAGCAACUCGCCAAUUUGUUGAAGACGAAGCUCGCGAGCAGGGCGCCAUCAAGAAGCACGUUUACGCCGCAUACCUUAGUCAGAGUGGUGGUUGGCCUUGGUGGGGCUUUGGCUUUUUCCUCUUCGCGCUCUACCAGGGAAUCGUUAUCGGCCGCUCGUGGUGGUUGCGUCUUUGGACCGGCCAUUACGAAGAGCAAACCCUGAACGCCUUGACGACGACUCACCAGCAUGCCUACGCCUACACUCUCCAAGACAGCUUGCUCCAUGCACCGCCGCACAAGCCUUCCGGAUUUGUCACCAUCCAAAACGAGAACGAUGACUUCUACUAUUACCUGGGCAUCUACGUCGGCAUCUCUGCCUUUUCCGCCAUUCUGGGCACCGGUCGCUUCUUCUACUUCUUCUGCAUGAGCUACAAGGCCAGUCAAAGCAUGUUCAAGGGUAUCACUAGAACCGUCCUCAGGACCCCGCUCCGAUGGCUUGACACUGUUCCUACCGGCCGCAUCUUGAAUCGCUUCACUGCCGACUUCAAUGUCAUCGACAACAGACUCGGCAUGGAUCUUUCUGGAGUGUUUGGUGCGAUUCUCAGCGUCAUCGGUAUCUGUGUUACGGCGUUCUCUGUCUCCCCCAUGAUCAUCCCUCUGGCUGUCGUGCUUCUCUCCAUCGCCAUCUGGAUCGGCAGACGCUACCUGGCCGGCGCCAGACCGGCGAAGCGACUUGAGAGUACCGUCAAGUCCCCGAUUUUCGAUCUCUUCGGCUCGACCCUGACUGGUAUGAUGACCAUUCGCGGAGCUGACAAGGCCCAGACCUACGUUGACGCCAUGUACAAGAGGCUGGAUGACUAUGGGAUGGCAUCUUGGUACCUGUGGCUGUUCAACCGUUGGAUGGGUUGGCGCAUGUCGCUCAUCGGCGCCUUGUUCUCUACCGCCGUCGGGUUGGUUGUCUUGGGAAGCCCCUACAUGAGCGCCUCUCUCGCCGGUUUCACGCUCUCUUUCGCACUGGAGUUCUCGCAGGCCAUCGUAUGGUCCAUUCGACACUACGCCAACAUUGAGCUUGACAUGAACGCGGCCGAGCGUGUGGUCGAGUACUCUGACCUCAAGACUGAGGACCAGGGUGGUGUCGAGCCCCCUGCCACCUGGCCUACCGAGGGUCGUUUGGAGGUCAAGGAUCUCGUCGUCAGCUAUGCGGAGGAUUUGUCUCCCGUUCUGAAGGGUCUCACUUUCAGCGUCAAGCAAAACGAGAGAAUCGGUGUCGUUGGUCGCACCGGAGCUGGAAAGUCGUCGCUGACACUGGCAUUGUUCCGCUUCUUGGAGGCCCGAUCCGGCAGCAUCUUCGUCGACGGCCUUGACAUCUCGAAGAUCAGACUCCACGACCUGCGGUCCCGGUUGGCCAUUAUUCCUCAGGAUCCUGUCCUUUUCUCCGGCACUGUCCGCUCCAACCUCGACCCCUUCGACAAUCAGACCGACGUCGAACUUCGUGACUCUCUUCAGCGCGUGCACCUCAUCGACUCAUCGCCGUCAACACCUGGCGAGCCGUCAAGCAGCGCGGCCCCCUCGCUGAACGGAGCCAAGAAUGUCAACGUCUUCCGCAACCUCAACUCUGCUAUCUCCGAGGGUGGUGGUAACCUUUCGCAAGGUCAACGUCAACUUCUCUGCCUUGCCCGCGCUAUCGUUUCCCGCCCCAAGGUCAUGGUUCUCGACGAGGCCACCUCCGCUGUCGACAUGAACACCGACGCCCUCAUCCAGCGUUCCAUUCGCGAAGAGUUCAACGACUCCACGCUCAUCGUCAUCGCUCAUCGUCUCAGCACCAUUGCUGACUUUGACCGUAUUCUGGUGCUUAGCGACGGCUCCGUCGCCGAGUUCGGCACACCCAAGGAGCUCUGGGAGAAGGAGAAUGGUGUUUUCCGCGGCAUGUGCGAAGAGAGUGGUGAGAAGGAGAAGCUGAAGAACAUCGUUUUCGGUUAG